UCUCUGCUGUCCUCCCUCCUCCCUCUGCAGAACACGUGAUUUCCCUGAAAGACCAGAAAAACUUUCCGCUGCGUGUUUGUAAGAGCAGAAUGUGAAGAACGGAGACAGAAUGAAGACGGAGACGGACUGAAGCAGCUUCUUCUCUCCAGAAGAGUCUGAAGAAGAUGUGAAGAGAGUUGAUGAGGACACGUGAUUUCUGUGAAAGAUGAAAAACCCAUUCUGUCAUUAAAGGUGGAUUUAAACGGCGUCCUCACAUCAGACACACUCAGACAGACAGCAGGACUGAGCGGAGACCAGCGGCAACAUGAAGCUGAUCUGAGACUCCAUCAUAACUGACAACAAACACCUUCAUGAGGAUGAGAGACGGAAGACGAGGAGACUUCUGACUUCAACUCUGACGGAGAACGGAAUCCAAAGCAUGAAACAGGAAAUAGUGUGACGUUUCACCCUGAGUGUGGGUUGAGACAGUGAGACGGCGUCCUCACAUCAAGCAGAGACAGACAGAAGGACUGAGGAGGGACGGAGAGCAGCUUCUUCUCUCCAAAAGAGUCUGAAGAAGAUGUGAAGAGAGUUGAUGAGGACACGUGAUUUCUGUGAAAGAUGAAAAACCCAUUCUGUCAUUAAAGAGUCAGACACUUCUGAACGUCAGCAUGUGAGCUCCUCAACAUGGUCUUUCCAGGGACUCGAUGAACACAGAGUGAAAGUUUAGUGAAAUAAGGUCUUACAUAAGGUCAAAGAUGAGUUCAGCUCAAGAAGUGCUCCUGGGAAUUCUGGAGGAUUUGAGACAUGAAGACUUUGAAAAGUUCAAGUGGUAUUUGUAUCAAGAUGGAGUCCUUGAAGAGUUCAAACCAAUCCCAACGAGUAAACUGGAGACACUGGACAGGACAGGCACAGUGGAUCAGAUGCGCCAGGCCUACAGCAAUCAGAUUCUUGACGUCACUAAAAUGGUUUUAGAGAAAAUGAAAAUGAUGGGCAUUUGGGAGAAACACUCCAAAAACAGCUCAGAACCUGGAGGGAAAGAUGGUCCUCAAAAGGUCCAUUUGUCAGCAACAUCUAAGAGGUGUCAGGAGAAACUCAAGUCCAACCUGAAGAGGAGGUUCCAGUGUGUGUUUGAAGGAGUCGCGAUACAAGGAAGGCCGACCCUCCUGAACCAGAUCUACACAGAGCUCCACAUCACAGAGGGAGGGACUGCAGAGGUCAAUCAGGAACAUGAGGUCAGACAGAUUGAAACAGCAUCCAGGACAGCAGACAGAGCAGAAACAAGCAUCAGACCAGGAGACAUCUUUAAAGCCCCACCUGGAAGAUCUCAACCAAUCAGAACAGUGCUGACAAAGGGAGUGGCUGGCAUUGGGAAAACAGUCCUGACACAGAAGUUCACUCUGGACUGGGCUGAAGACAAAGACAACCAGGAUGUCCACUUCAUAUUUCCAUUCACCUUCAGAGAGCUGAAUGUAGUGAAGGAGGAGAAGUUCAGCUUGGUGGGACUUGUUCAUCACUUCUUCAAUGAAGCUAAAAAGGCAGGAAUCUGCUGCUUUGAAGAAUUCCAGGUGAUCUUCAUCUUUGAUGGUCUGGAUGAGUGUCGACUCCCUCUGAAUUUCUACCGCGCUGACUUCCUGACUGAUAUCACCGUGUCCACCUCAGUGGAUAUUCUGCUGAUAAACCUCAUCAGGGGGAGACUGCUUCCCUCUGCUCGCCUCUGGAUCACCACACGACCUGCAGCAGCCAAUCAGAUCCCUGCUGACUGUGUGGACAUGGUGACAGAGGUCCGAGGGUUCACCGACCCCCAGAAGGAGGAGUACUUCAGGAGGAGGUUCAGAGAGGAGGAGCAGGCCAGCAGGAUCAUCUCCCACAUCAAGACCUCCCGAAGCCUCCACAUCAUGUGCCACAUCCCGGUCUUCUGCUGGAUCACUGCUACAGUUCUGGAGGAGGAGCUGAAGAGCAGAGAGGGAGGAGAGCUGCCCAAGACCCUGACUGAGGUGUACAUGCGUCACCUGGUGGUCCAGGUAGAAAGGAACAAGGUCAAGUAUGAUGACAAACCUGCCUUACAUGAAACCUGGAGUCCAGAGAGCAAGAAGAUGACAAAGUCUCUGGGGAGACUCGCUUUUGAUCAGCUGGAUGAAGGGAACCUGAUCUUCUGUGAACGUGACCUGAAAAAGUGUGGCAUUGACCGCGAGGUAGCCUUAAAGUACUCAGGAAUGUUCACACAGAUCUUUAGAGAGGAGAAAAGCCUCCGAGACACAGUGUUCUGCUUCAUCCAUCUGAGCCUUCAGGAGUUUCUGGCUGCUCUUCAUGUCCAUCAGACCUUCAUCAACUCUGGAAUCAACCUGAUGAAAAAGGUACCAGUGUUCAGGUGGCCGAAAAUGUUUAAGAAACCUAAACUCCACCAUCUCCAUCAGAGAGCAGUGGACGAGGCCUUGAAGAGUCCAAAUGGACACCUGGACUUGUUCCUCCGCUUCCUCCUGGGUCUUUCACUGGAGACCAAUCAGAGUCUCCUUCACGGUCUGCUGACACAGACAGGAAGUAGCUCACAGUCCAAUCAGGAAACAGUCCAGUACAUCAAGAAGAAGCUGAGUGAGAGUCUGUCUGCAGAGAGAAGCAUCAAUCUGUUCCACUGUCUGAAUGAACUGAAUGAUGGUUCUCUGGUGGAGGAGAUCCAACAGUCCCUGAGAUCAGGAAGUCUCUCCACAGAUAGACUGUCUCCUGCUCAGUGGUCAGCUGUGGUCUUCAUCUUACUGUCAUCAGAAGAAGAUCUGAAGGAGUUUGACCUGAAGAAAUACUCUGCUUCAGAGGAGGCUCUUCUGAAGCUGCUGCCAGUGGUCAAAGCCUCCAACAAAGCUCUGUUGAGCUGCUGUGGUCUGUCAGAGAGAAGCUGUGGAGCUCUGUCCUCAGUUCUCAGCUCUCAGUCCUCCAGUCUGACACAUCUGGACCUGAGUAACAACCAGCUGCAGGAUUCAGGAGUGAAGCGUCUGUCUCUUGGACUGGAGAGUCCUCACUGUAAACUGGAAGCUCUCAGGUUGAGCUGCUGUGGUCUGUCAGAGAGAAGCUGUGGAGCUCUGUCCUCAGUUCUCAGCUCUCAGUCCUCCAGUCUGACACAUCUGGACCUGAGUAACAACGACCUGCAGGAUUCAGGAGUGAAGCGUCUGUCUCUUGGACUGGAGAGUCCUCACUGUAAACUGGAAGCUCUCAGUCUGUCAGGGUGUCUGGUCUCAGAGGAAGGCUGUGCUUCUCUGGUCUCAGCUGUGAGAUCCAAGUCCUCCCAUCUGAGAGAGCUGGACCUGAGCUACAACCAUCCAGGAGACUCAGGAGUGAAGGAGCUGUCAGCGGCAGUGGAGGAUCCACACUGCUCACUGGAGACUCUCAGGGUGGACCAUGGUGGACAGCAGAGGCUCAAACCUGGUCUGAGGAAGUAUUUCUCUCAACUUCAACUGGAUGAAAACUCAAUGAGCAGAGAGCUCAAACUGUCCAACAACAACAGGGAGGUGACACGUGCGGAGGAAGAGCAGCCGUAUCCUCAUCAUCCUCACAGAUUCGAUUACUGGCCUCAGCUGCUGUGUAGAAAUGAUCUGAGUGGUCGAUGUUACUGGGAGGUCGAGUGGAGCAGAAUGGUUUCUAUAUCAGUGAGUUACAGAGGAAUCAGAAGGAAAGGAGACAGUGGGGAGUGUUGGUUUGGAAGGAAUCAUCAGUCCUGGAGUCUGGAGUGCUGGAAUGGAGAUUACUCUGUCAGGCACAAUAACAGAAUAACACGCCUCUCCUCCUCCUCCUCCUCCUCCUCCUCCUCCUCCUACCCCCCCUCUGGUAGAGUAGCAGUGUAUGUGGACUGUCCUGCUGGCUCUCUGUCCUUCUUCAGAGUCUCCUCUGACUCUCUGAUCCUCCUCUACACCUUCAACACCACAUUCACUCAACCUCUAUGUGCUGGAUUUACCCUCUGGUCCUCUGGUUCUUCAGUGAGUCUGUGUCCUCUGUAGGAAGGACGUCUCUGUCUCUGACAACAGGGAGGAGGACAACACAAUGCUAACACCAUGCUAAUAUGCUAGCAACACAAUGCUAGGGACACAAUGGUAGCAUAGUGCUAGCAUGAAAACAAUGCUAAAACAAUGCCAUUUUGCUAGCAACACAAUGCUACCAUAAUGCUAGCAACACAAUGCUAGCAUUAUGCUAGCAUGAUAACACAAUGCUAAAAUGAUGCUAGCAAUUAAACAAAACAAUGCUAAAAUAAUGCCAUUAUGCCAGCAACACAAUGCUAGGAACAUGCUAGCAACACAAUGCUAGCAACAUGCUAGCAACACAAUGCUAGCAACACAAUGCUAGCAACACAAUGCUAGCACAAUGCUAGCAACACAAUCCUAGCAUUAUGCUAGCAUGAUAACACAAUGCUAAAAUGAUGCCAUUCUUGCUUUGCGUUGAACUGGUGGUUGUGCGCCACCUUCAUGAGCAGCGAUUAUGUGAGAAAAGGUUGUAACAUAGCCGAAACCAAAGAACCGCAGCUUGGUGUUCCCACAUAAAAUGCCUAUGGGGUCCGAUAUUGUCUUACAUUUGUUGUCCAUUUCAUCAGGGCUCAGCGGUAUUCCACAGGUGAGCAGGAGAGGAGCUCUCACACAGAAAACGCUGAAGUAUAAAUACACAUUUACAAACACAUUUCCAGCAAAAAUCCAUCUACUAGGGAACUAGGACAGAUCAGCUCUUCAAGAAACAUGGAGGAUGAAGAGGACUGAAGGAAAAAUAAUAAAAUACUAAAUGUUAUGUGCUGUUACUUUCACUGUGAGCCACUCUGUAUUUUCACAUGAGCUCAGUUGAAACAGGAAUGGCUAAACGCUCUGAUUAUGUUUAAAAAAAAAAAAAACUCAGAAGAAUACUGCUCUUCUACUUUGUAAGCUCUGGCUUCUGUUUCUGCAUAGUGGAAAUGUGUUUUUGAGCA